GGGCCAGUCGGCGCCUGCGCACUGCGCUGUUUGUGUAUUCUGGCUGCGCGGCGGCGCUGGCUCCGGGCGAAGAUGGCGGCGUCCUCGCUGGAGCAGAAACUCUCCCGCCUGGAGGCCAAGCUCAAGCAGGAGAACCGCGAGGCCCGCCGCAGGAUCGACCUCAACCUCGAGAUCAGCCCGGCGCGGGCCCGGCCUAUUAUUGUGAUCACUCUAAGCCCUGCUCCCGCUCCGUCCCAACGAGCAGCUCUGCAGCUGCCGCUGGUGCCCGACGGCGGCGGCCGCCCGGCGGCCGCGGCCCCCCCGGACGCCGCCGCCCCCCCACCGCCGCCCCCCGCCCGGCCCCGCCACAUGCUGGGGCUGCCCCAGCCCCCCUUCCUCAUGCACCGCAGCAUGGAGAGCAUGGAGAUCGACCAGAAGCUGCAGGAGAUCAUGAAGCAGACGGGCUACCUGACCGUGGGCGGGCAGCGCUACCAGGCCGAGAUCAACGACCUGGAGAACCUGGGCGAGAUCGGCAGCGGCACCUGCGGGCAGGUCUGGAAGAUGCGCUUCCGCAAGAGCGGCCACGUCAUCGCCGUCAAGCAAAUGCGCCGCUCGGGGAACAAGGAGGAGAACAAGCGCAUCCUCAUGGACCUCGACGUGGUGCUCAAGAGCCACGACUGCCCCUACAUCGUGCAGUGCUUCGGCACCUUCAUCACCAACACCGACGUCUUCAUCGCCAUGGAGCUGAUGGGCACCUGCGCCGAGAAGCUCAAGAAGCGGAUCCAGGGCCCCAUCCCCGAGCGCAUCCUGGGCAAGAUGACGGUGGCGAUCGUCAAGGCGCUCUUCUACCUGAAGGAGAAGCACGGGGUGAUCCACCGCGACGUGAAGCCCUCCAACAUCCUCCUCGACGAGCGGGGCCAGAUCAAGCUCUGCGACUUCGGCAUCAGCGGCCGCCUCGUCGACUCCAAGGCCAAGACCCGCAGCGCCGGCUGCGCCGCCUACAUGGCCCCCGAGCGCAUCGACCCGCCGGACCCCACCAAGCCCGACUACGACAUCCGCGCCGACGUCUGGAGCCUGGGCAUCUCGCUGGUGGAGCUGGCCACGGGGCAGUUCCCCUACCAGAACUGCAAGACGGACUUCGAGGUCCUCACCAAGGUGCUGCAGGAGGAGCCCCCCCGGCUGCCCCCCGCCAUGGGCUUCUCCGCCGACUUCCAGGCCUUCGUCAGGGACUGCCUCACCAAGGACCACCGCAAGAGACCAAAGUACAACAAGCUGCUGGAGCACACCUUCAUCAAGCGCUACGAGACGCUGGAGGUGGACGUGGCCUCGUGGUUCAAGGACGUCAUGGCCCGCACAGAGUCGCCCCGCACCAGCGGCGUCCUGGGCCAGCACCACCUCCCCUUCUUCACCAGGUAGCGCCGCGGCCGCGGCCCGUGGGCCUCCCCCCCCGGCCCGGGGGCCCGGCACCCGCCGGCCCUGCUCCCGGUGGCCUCCUGAGCCUGGGGGUCGCGAGCCCGUGAGCCGUGGUCCCGUGGUCCUGCAGCCGGUGGUCCCGCGGUCCGUGAUCCCGUGAUCCCGUGGCUCAUGGUCCUGUGACCCGUGAUCCCGUGGUCCAUGAUGUCAUGGUCCGUGAUCCCGUGGCUCAUGGUCCUGUGACCCGUGAUCCUGUGGUCCGUGAUCUCGUGAUCCCGUGGUCUGUGAUGCCACGGCUCGUGAUCCCGUGGUCCCACGAUCCCAUGGUCCCGUGGUCCAUGGUCCGUGAUCUCACAAUCCCAUGAUCCCAUGGCUCAUGGUCCUGUGACCCGUGAUCCUGUGGUCCGUGAUCUCGUGAUCCCGUGGUCUGUGAUGCCACGGCUCGUGAUCCCGUGGUCCCAUGAUCCCACGGCUCGCGGUCCCGUGGCCCCGCGGCCGCCUCUCCCGGCGCUCCGACCCCGCGGCGCCCGGGCGGAAAAGGCUAUUACUAUUUUUUGUUUUCCCCCGUUUUCCCUUUUCCCCCUCUUUUUUUGGGGGGCGUUUUUUGUUUUUUUGUUUUUUUGUUUUUUUUUUUUUUAAACCCUUAUUUAUUGCGCCCGGCGCCGUGGCCGUGCCUCGGUUUCCCCGCCCGCGCGGGGGCUCUCCCCCCUCCCCCCCGCCACCGGCACACGUGUGGCCCCGCCGCCAGCGCACGCGUGACCUGGCCACCGGCGAGGGACAGCGUGGGGACACGGCACAGGGACACGCUAUGGAGAUGUGACACGGGGACAUGGCACGGAGACGUGACGCGGCGCAGGGACGUGGCUCGGAGAUGGGACACAGGGAUGUGGCUCAGAGAUACGACACAGGGACGUGGCACGGAGAUGUGACACAGCACAGGGAUGUGGCACGGAAGUGUGACACAGGGACAUGGCACGGAGAUGUGACAUGGACGUGGCAUGGAGACAUGACAGCACUGGGACGUGGCUCAGAGACGUGACACAGGGACACGGUGUGGAGAUAGGACACAGCACAGGCACGUGGCACGGAGGUAUGAUGCAGGGACACGGCACGGAGAUGUGACACGGGGACGCGGCAUGGAGAUACAACGCAGGGACAUGGCACGGCGACGUGACACAGCGCAGGGUGAUGGCAUGGAGACGUGACAUGGGGACACGGCACGGAGAUGUGACGCAGUGGAGGGUGAUGGCACGGAGAUGUGACAUGGGGACACAGCACAGAGAUGUGACAUGGGGAUGUGACACAGCGCAGGGUGAUGGCACGAAGACAUGACACAGGGACACGGCAUGGAGACGUGACACGGGGAUGUGACGCGGCACAGGUUGAUGGCACAGAGACAUGAUGCAGGGACACGGCAUGGAGACGUGACACGGGGAUGUGACACAGCACAGGGUGAUGGCACGGAGACAUGACGCAGGGACACGGCGUGGGGAUGUGACGCGGCAGGGCGCCGCGGGAGCACCGCGGAGGGACGGCGAGAUGGCGCAGGGACAUGGCACGUGGGGACAUGGCGCGGAGACGGCACGGGGAUGUGGCAGCGAGGGACGCGGCACGGAGAGGUGGCAUGGAGAGACACGGCACGGGGACAGGAGGCGGCACGGCGAGGUGACACAGAGGGACAUGACACGGCCACGGCCCAGCAGGAUGCCACGGGGGGACGCGGGGAUGGGGACACGCAGUGACAAUCAGCACCCGGUGGCUCCACGGCUGCGGCGAGUUGGGACGGGCUCAGCGGGGUGCGGGGACAUGCGGGGACGGCGGCUCCCUCCCGGGCUUGGGGACACGCGGGGACAGCCGGCCCCGGUGGGGGGUGGCGGCCCAGUGGGGGGGUGGCAGCCCCGGUGCACGGUGACGCCACUGCCCGGCCGUGUCCUUGCUGUCCCUGUUGUGUCCCCAUUUCUGUCCUUGUCAUGUCCCUGUCCCCAUCCCAGCCCUGUCCUGUCCCGUCCCUGUCAUGUCCCUGUUCCUCUUGGGUCUCCAUCGUGUCCCUGUCCUUGUCCCCAUCCCCAUCGUGUCUCCAUCACCAUCCCCGUCGUGUCCCUGUCCCCAUCGUGUCCCCAUCCCUUUCCCUGUUGUGUCCUUGUCCCUAUCCCGUCCCUGUCCUAGUCCCAUCGUGUCCCUGUCCCCAUCGUGUCCCCCUCCCUGUCCUCGUCCCCGCUGUGUCCCCGUCCCCUCCCGGCUGGGGCUGUGCGUCCCGGGGCCGGGUGAUGGCGGUGGCCCCGUGGCCCCGGCGCCGCGGCGGUUAAUUAUUAUUAUUAUUGUUAUUAUUGUUAUUAUUAUUAUUAUUAUUAUUAUAAAUCCGCAUGUCGAAA